AUCAGCCAAUUGUCCUUAUCUCUUCGUUCUAUGAUAAAAUCGUUAUGGUUUUCGUGGGCAUUUUCAAAUCACGAUUAGUGUAGUGCACGCUUUCCACCAUGAAGACGCCCGUAUACUGGUUGCCUUACCUGAUAUUUUCCACUCGAAAGUCAAGUUGCAGAAUAACCUGCCACUUGGAGCGUGCAAUUGCAGCCAGAAACAUGGCCACGAUCAACCAGACCGACGUCUCCCCUUCUGCUGCCACACCGAUUGUUGUACCUUCGGCUGAAGCGACCUCCUUCAUCCAGCGAUGCAUGGAGAAAGUGGGAACCCAUCCUGAGCAUGCGCGCCAGCUGGCGGACGUGUUGGUGAUGGGUGAUCAUCGCGGGCAUUUCUCCCAUGGACUCAAUCGGUUAGACAUGUAUGUGCGCGAUAUCCAGUCGAAGACAUGCAAUGGCGAUGGAGUGCCUGUGAUUGUUAAGGAAUCCGCGUCCACCGCUCUGAUUGACGGACAGAACUUGCUCGGUCCAGUCGUUGGGCGAUUUGCCAUGGCUGUGGCGAUUCGGAAAGCCAAGGAAUCGGGUGUCGGCUGGGUGGCUGCCAACGCAUCCAAUCAUUACGGUAUCGCGGGUUAUUAUGGUCUUCAGGCCUGUAAAGAAGGAAUGAUCGGGAUGUCUUUCACCAAUACAAGUCCAUUCUGCGUUCCAACUGGCGGUGUUUACAAAACCUUGGGUACGAAUCCGAUAUGUUUUGCCGCACCGGGUGUUAAUGGUGACGAUUUCGUGCUGGAUAUGGCGACUACCACCGUUGCCAUCGGUAAGGUGGAAAUUGCUAUGCGCAAAGAGCAGCCGGUUCCUAGUUCAUGGGGGUUAGAUAAGGAUGGCCACGAAUCCACGGAUCCGGAGAAGAUCUUCCACGGCGGAGGAUUGUUGCCUCUAGGCGGAGCGGAAAAUACAGGCGGAUACAAAGGAUACGGUCUGAAUGUAAUGGUAGAAAUCCUAUGUGGAAUAUUGUCGGAUGCCGCCUUUGGACCGAAUAUUCGAUCGUGGACGCAUCCCGUUGGAGCGGCUAAUCUGGGUCAAGGAUUUGUGGCUAUCGACCCGGGACGAUUUGCGGAUGGAUUUAAAGAGCGAUUGCAAGCGUUUGUGAACAUUUUGCGCCAUUUGGAACCGUCGGAUCCGUCGCGGCCCGUGCAAGUGGCCGGCGAUCCCGAAAGGGCUCACCUUCGGAAAUGCGAUUCUUUGGGCGGAAUUCCUUAUCAUGUCAACCAGAUCCGGCAUGCGGAAGAACUGGCUCGUCAGCUCGGCGUGGCGCCUAUGAAAACUAAGGAAUAGCUCAGACAUCGCCCUACUGGAUGAAUUUUGCUGCCAGAUCAUUCGUUUUGUGAAACUGACCAUGAGAAACUUCAUGUAAUAUCAGACAUUUGAUGUGUCGAAUAUUUAUUUAACUAAUUUACUUUUUUCUCCGUCGUCCGACGCUGUUGUCUGGACACGGAUAUCAUUAUAUUGUCAAUUUGUGAUACUGGUUGUGGGAGCCAAAAUGCCUGACGAAAUUGCUCCAGUUGAUUCGCGUUUGCAAUUUUAAGCCGCGAUUUUCUAGCGCUCAUUUUGAGUACAAUUCAUUUGUAAUACAACCAUAAUGUUUCCUUUG